ACAAGCAACCAACAUCAGUAUGGAGUUAUGGAGACUGCGGAUCGAAAUACUGAUUUCUCCUGCAUAACUGCAAUUCUAUCAUGUUUUGUUCUCUCAGUGAUGUACGUCGCGAGCCUCUAUGUAUGGAAUUCUCCGUACAGUAGUGAACCACAGGAAACCACGAACAAAGUGUAACUGUAUUCACGUCGACCGAGAACAUGAAAGUCUACUCUUUGAUUCUCCUGAUUCACGCAGUCGCUUUUCUGGACAAGAAUCGAAUUCACAGCGCCUCUAUUGGAGAACUUUUUCCUUCAAUUCUUCUAGAACAUCCAAGUGUAAUAAAAAAAAGAUUUUUUAGUGUUUUUAUUAUGUCUCUUAUAUCUCCUGCAUUAUUGUACUUUGGAAUGAAUGAGAAAGUAUUUCAAAAGGCAACAAUUUGGGAGUUAUUGGGACUGCGGUGGCCUGGUUUAAUUCAAGCAAUUAUAAUGCCAUUGUUAUUAACAAUGAUACUAUUUCUAGGGCCAAUAUGUGUACAAGGUUUUAAUGGACUUUGGAGAUUAUAUACUGAACCUAUGUAUUGGUUUGGAAGUGUACGAACAAUAAUAUGGUGGAGAAAUCUAGUAGUUGCUCCUUUGGCUGAAGAAUGGACAUUUAGAGCAUGUAUGUUACCAUUGCUUUUGCAAUGUUUUACACCAACUACUGCCAUAUUUAUCUGCCCUUUAUUUUUUGGUGUCGCUCAUUUUCAUCAUGUAGUAGAUAGGGUAAAAGCAGGCAUGAAUCUUAAACAUGCAUUAUUUAUAUCUUGUUUUCAAUUUGCGUUUACAACAUUAUUUGGAGCAUAUGCUGCUUUUCUUUUUGCUAAAACAGGACAUUUAGCAGCACCAUUUACAGCACAUUCUUUUUGUAAUCAUAUGGGAUGUCCUGAUCUUUCUGAAGUAGUUGCAGUUAAAGAUCCAUUAAAAAGAGCUGGUUUGUUUUCUUUGUUUGUAAUUGGAUUAGUAGCAUGGUGUUUCUUAUUAACACCAAUGACAAAUCCAAGAUUAUUUUAUAAUAAUUUAUUUUGGCAUAAAAAUUUUAUAUGAGUAUGAUUUAUUUGCAAUAAUAUCAUUAAUGUUAUGUACAAUUUUUAUAAGAGAAAAAUUAGUCUAGCUCAAUAUAAUAUUAUUUAAAGAAUUUAUAUUGCAUGAUAUUUUUUAGGAACUGUUACUUAAUAAAUUGUAUACAUGUUAACGAGACUGUUUUGCAAUUUACAUGAUAUAUAUACAUAUAUAUAUAUCAUAGGUACAAUUUUAUCAAAUAAAAUAAGUACUUUUAUAAGUUAGAAACUAAUCAGAUUAUAUAAUAAAAAAUUUUUUAUUUUUUAUUUCUGAUCAUGUUUUAUAUAAGAUGAUCAUUGUGUAAAAAAGUUACUAUAAGCAAGUUAAUCAUGCAAUAUAGAACUGAUAUAAAAUCACCGUAGUGCCUCAAAUUUAAUUCAAUUUACAUAGUGAUAUCUUAAAUGCCAAUAAAAUUUUAGGCAAAGUUCUUAAAAUUUCGUAAACAAGAUGUUGAUGAAAUAUUGUAUAAUUAAAAAGAUAUAAC